AUGAUCAAUGCCUCUGUGCUGUCUUUGAGCACAGGCUUUUCCAGCCACUGCCACACAGAGCUCGUACACCAGCACAACUGUCAGAGGAAAAUUCACCAGCCAUGCACUCUGACUGAAGAGCUCCUGUUAGAGACAAUGAUCCUGAUCAUCAUCACAAUUCUGGGAACAACAGCUCUCACAAAAGGAGCAAUGGAAUGUGACUUAACUGGACCUGUUGCAUUUCACCAGUGUUUUGGAGCAGUCGGGAAGCCACUUAUUUUUAACCUGCCAACGAAUACAACUUUACAGAUGACUCUGUUGAAGAAUAAAACCUCAAUUUUAACGCUCAAUGAUAACAAACGUGAAGUGACUGACUACAGAAAUAUCUCCACGCUCCUGAAGAAUGGAACAUUUAAAAUUAACUGUGUGACAAGGGACGACGCUGGAGAUUACGAGCUGGAAAUAUUUUCAACUGUCAGUGGUGAACAUAAACAGAGAGUCAACGUACAUCUAAAGAUAAUAGAACCAGUUUCAGAUCCAAAUGUGUCUCAGACGUGUUUGUCACCAGAACAGAUGAACAUCAGCUGUUCAGCUGAAGGAGAUGGAGUGAAGUUCACUUUAUCUCUAGACGACUACGUACUGAUGCAGACCAGAGCGGGAAGUACAGGAAAACUAAAUGUUUCAAACGUUAGCUUCAUCUUACACGGUCAACUGGUAGGAAAGCUGGUGUGUCGGGUUCAGAACGAUGUCAGCAGUGAAGAGACGUUCAUCCAGCUCACCGGCUGUAAAGGUUCCCUCCUCAGUCUAUUGAACGUGGCUGUGAAAGCAAGUUUGGUUUGUGUGCUUUCGCUUUUGGCUGUUUUUCUUGGUAUCAAACACUUCAAACGGAGAACAAAGAAACCCACAACUGUGAAAGGAGAUGAAGCAGAAGAUGAACCUGUGUACCGACAUCUCAGAGUGACUCCAGCAGCCCAUCAGCUGCAUGAUUAGCGAGCAAACCACAGACAUGAAUGUCGACUGCAAAGAAUCCUCAGUUUAACGUUUGGGAGGAAGGACUUCUGCCGCAUGUCAUUUUUAUUUGAAUUUAAAAGUGAUUUAAGAGUAUCUCUAUUUUAAUACAUUUCAAAAUAUCUAUUUCUAAGCUCAAAUUACAACAAUGUUUUCUUAGAUAUAUAAAACUGUUUCUCAACAAAUGAGUAUUUCAGCACACUCCUGUAUUGUAUCAUCAGAAAGCUGUAGGAUGUCC